AUGGAUGGUGGCAGUGGUCUGAAUAUUCUCUACGCUGAGACCCUCAGAGGGAUGGGCAUUCCGAUGUCCAAACUUAGUGAGAGCAACAUGAGGUUUCACAGUGUCAUCCCUGGAAAGAAAGAUGAUUCACUUGGCCAGAUCACUCUGGACGUGGUUUUUGGUGAUUCAAAGAAUUACCGAAAGGAGAAGUUGACAUUUGAAGCUGUGGAUUUUCAAAGUGCCUAUCAUGCUAUUCUAGGCAGACCUGCGUCCGCUCGUUUCAUGGCUCGACCAUGUUACGUGUACCUUAAGAUGAAGAUGCCUGGCCCCAGGGGCGUGAUCACAGUCACUGGUAAUCGGCAGAGAGCAGAAGAGUGCCUCCAGAAGGGCUCAAAAAUUGCCGAUGACCAAAUGGCAGCGGUGGAAAUGCAAGAAUAUCAGAAGAACGCAGAUCCGAGUGAUUUGUUACGUGCCAGGAAGCCUGCUUCAGAUUCUGCAUUUCAGUCGUCCGGAAAGAGCUUCCAGAAGAUGAAGAUGAGGCACGUCAGAUUGUCCGUCGAUUUAAAGCCUUCACGGUAA